AUGUGGGCCUCAAAGGAGGUCGAUAAGACUGAGCUUCAGGCAUGGCUCUUGGAUGUUCUGAAUGCAAAAUUUGCAGAGCAAGAAGCAGUCAUCAGAAGUAUCCUGCAGCAACCCCAACACCUCAGAAUUUCGAGUCAGCUACUGUCAAGGGAUGUGAGUGGGGCCGGAACCAACUCCUUUGCGCUCAGUGAGGCUUCGGACUUGUUCGCGUUACCUCUGAGCAGUGAUGAGGCUAACGUGGAUACGCCAACAACCCCUCCCAUUCCCAAGGUCAAGUCGGGCAAAAAUUUGGGCAAACACAUCAUGGCUGAGAAGCUGGCACCAGAUCCACCCUUCAAGGUUUUCAUCAAGAGAUCGAUGGAUUCCUACAUGAGUGUGGUGGUGAUAAUCAAUCUCAUUUUCAUUGCAGCAAUGACCGAGUACCAGGCCGCUGAGGCAGAUUAUGCCCUUGGACUAUUGGAGCAGACCUGGAAUGGUGUGUCUGACUUGACUUUUGAGGUUGCGGAGUACAUUUUCUUCAGCAUUUACUUUUUGGAUGUAGGGCUGCGGAUCGUGAUCCUUCGAAAGGAAUGGUACUUUGACCGAAUUGAAGGAUGGAUGUACCUUAACAUGUUUGAUGCAGUGCUGGUUGCGAUCAACGCAUUUGAACUUCUUGCGCUCCCAGUGUUGCUAGGAGAUCAGCAGCAGAAUGCCACCCCGAUCAGAGUGAUCAAGCUGGUGCGGAUUGUGCGCACCUUGCGGAUUUUCAAAACUGUGUCUUUGUUCAGGCAGUUGCGAAUUCUUGUGGGGACGUGUGUUGCAAGUAUCGGUGCCCUCUUUUGGUCGAUGGUUCUACUGAUGAUUCUGCAAAUUGGCUUUGCAUUGGCCAUAUGUCAGGCGCUUCAGCUGUUUAUAACUGACAACGCUGCAAGCUUGGCAGAUAGGCUUGAACUGCGGCAAUAUUAUGGCAACUUCUGGCGAACCCUGUACACAAUGUUCGAGAUAACGUUCAGUGGAGCUUGGCCAAACCGUGUCAGACCGGUGACAUCAAAAGUCAGCAGUUGGUAUGCUGUGCCUUUCUUGUUUUACAUUGCUCUAGUGGUGUUUGCUGUCAUCAAAAUUGUGACCGCCCUUUUUUUGAAAGAGACGCUCACAAGUGCAGCCAAUGAUGCCGACAUGAUGCUUGAAGACACGGAGCGCGUGUACAAAAACUACCAGAGCAAGAUCGAAGCUCUUUUCCAUUUGGCUGAUAAUGAUGGGGAUGGUCUAUUGACAUUGGAAGAGUUCAUGGAAACCAUGAGCCUGCCUAGCGUGCAGUACUACCUCAAAGUUCUUGAUGUGACCGUGCACGACUGGGGGGCUUUGUUUGAAAUUCUAGAUGACGGAGAUGGCUUGGUUACGAUCACAGAGUUUUGUCGGGGAAUUUCCAAACUCAAAGGCAAUGUGAAACCAAUUGACGUGGUGGGCCUGCAGUCCGAAAAUGCUCGAAUUCUGAAGGAAUGCCGAAAGACAUCCAAGGACGUGAAGAAAACGGUCCAGUUGAUCCAGAAACUUGGCAGGGCUUUGGCCCUGGCUGGUAUGGGCGCCAGCCCAUCGAAUUCAGUCGGUUUUCACGGGUUCCAGGCGGAGUCAACGGUUUUUGCAACCUAG